GCUUUGGUUUUGGCGUCCCAGCCACAUUUGCCUCAGUCCGCAACGCAUUAAAAGUGCCGAUUUAUCAGCAUAUGAGAUGCACAAGAAAUACGAUGCAGCCCAGAGGGCCUUGGAGAAGGCCUUGAGCCUGGAGACCAAUAGCGUGCUUCGUGUUCUGAAGAGUAGCUUCGAUGGAGGGCAGCCGAUCAUCCUGCUGGUGGCGGUCUAUCGAGAGUCCCUGAACACCACGCAGAUCAUGGUGGCGCAGGUGAUGUGGAACACUUCUGAUGAUGAGGUCAGUGAACAUGGCCGCGCAGGGCAGGAGCUGUUGAAAUCUUUGGAGGCUUCGCAGCGUUUGGUGCCAGGCCUAGGGCGUUUAGCACACCAAGUGGGUGGCCCUGGCAACUACUUCUGGGAUGACAAUCGAAAGUUUGCGGUGGAAGUCUACCAGCUGCCCGGGUCUUGUUUCGACCAGCCAGACUUGGCGCAGGCCAUUCUCUCACGAAACAUUCAGGUUCCCCUGGUGCUGCUCAGCGAGCUGUUGCCAGUCACCUAUGGCCGUGGGGAGCGGAACCUGACGCUGCAGCAGCUCCUGCCCAACUUCGAAGGAAUUCUUGGCAGAUUGGUCGGCCCUGGCAGUGUCCUAUUCCAAUUGAUGAUGCAGGUUUCCAGAGGAUCCAUCGACAUUGCGGAGACCUAUGGUUUGGAAAGCUUCGGGGCUAUCACACAGUCCACGGAUCCGCGCUUCAAUGAGCACAGCGUCUUCCAUGAUCAAAUGGGUAGCCUCAUUGAAAGCAUUUGCAGGAUGUGCCAGUUGCCGGCUCCGCACCACGCGCUCCGAGAGAAACUCUUCGAGGUCCAACGUUUGGGGAAGAGGUUGUCCAGUCGCUACUGGCGGAAGGAGGCAUGGAAGCCAUUGUGCCAUUUGGCCCACGGAAAUUUCACUCCGAGCAGUGUCUUGUUAGACACCUUUGGAUCCAGUUGGCUCUUCAACUGGGGGACCCCUGUGGGCAACCUCAGCUGGCAGCGCGGCAAAGUAGGGAUGCCCAACAGGCGCUUGCCGAUGGCGGAGAUGGAGGAGAUGGAGGAGAUGGAGGAGAUGGAGGAGAUGGAGGAAAUUGAGGAGAUGGAGGAGAUGGAGGAGAUGGAGGAGAUGGAGACCGGCGCGGCCGUGGUCGUGGUCAACUCCGGCGCGGCCGUGGUCGAGGUCAACUCCGGCGCGGCCGUGGUCGAGGCCGGCUUGGCCAUGGCUUGCCAAGACUUCAAGAGGCGCAAGCCCACAGGCAAAGGGAAAUGGAAGACCUGGACACCGGAGGCCGUCCUGGGGGUUUUGGAAAUGAGACGGCAACUUGCAGACAGUUGGCAAAUGAGCAGUUAUGGUGAUGACUUGGCAGCUGGCUCGGAAAUUGGUUUUGCCUUGGCAGCAAUACCCUUGUGGCCGCUGGCCUUGAAAGAUGUGGACGAAGCGAAGCGCAAAAAGUGUGCCCGAGAUCUGCUGAGGAGCGCAGGCAGCUUGGAGGAAGAGGAGCUUGGCGCAGAUGACAGCGGAGGCUUGUGGGGCAUGUGCCGUUUGAAUGAGGAUCACGAAGCCUUGAUUGAAGUUGGCGAAGACGAAGAUCUGCCAGAUGUCAGCGACAGCCUCUUUUCUGUUUGCCCUUGGGGCGGGUGCGAGGCCAGUUUGAGGGAAGAUGAACGGACAGUUUUUCGCGAGGUUCACGAGGAUUUGGUGACUGCCGUAAGAGUGCACGAACCCUUGAAACGCGAUCUUUCUGCUCACCCACUUGUGCUGCAAUGGUGCUCUCCUGCAUCUGGCAAGCAGAAAUACAUUGCUGUGGCCUUCACUGUCCGAAAGCCUCUCUGGGACAUGGUCAUGUUUCAAUUGGAGCCGCUGAAUGGCCACAACGGCCUCGACUGCCCCUUUGUCUUGGAGCUCGAAGGUCAAGACAGAGGAUUCUCGCUUCAAUCCUUGCGCUCCGAUAUGGAAUUCUGCAUGGAUCUUGCAAGAGAAGCCUCGGACUGGCUUUUGUUUCUUCUUAAGGUUGGGGAAAUCACUGGUGCCUUUGCUUCCUUUCGGAUUGUUGGGCGCGCUGCGCUGGACAGACAUACUUUGAGACGGGCAGCUGAGGAGAUGAAGCAGAUUCAAAGGGCUGCUAAAGCUGCAAAGCUAGCGCAAGGUCUGACAGCUAUCAGAAAACGAAAGCGAAGGACCCAAGGCAAGCGGAAGACAAGUCAGAGGCCGCUGGCCGCAUCAGCCGCGCAAGACAUCUCAGAUGCAGAGUGGGCAUCGGAUUUCUGCUUCUCUCACAGAAGAUGCAGAAGGGGCGGAUGGAAGCCCGAGUAUGCCCGCAAGCCUUGGGAAAGGCAGCGCGUCUGCGCCUCCAGGUCCAGCCGUCAGGCGGCAGAAACAGUCCCGAGCCAUCCCAUGCAAACCCUUCCAAAUAGCUCCAAUCAUCCCUGCUUCCGGUCAGACAGGUUGGGGAGCUAUAUCUGCGGGCAAUAUUGCGAUCGGGGCAACACUUUGUCUUGCAAGAAGGCAGUGAGCCGUGGUAGCACUCUGACCGAUGCUGUGUGCAUCUUGCGCCUCAAGCGACGGCUCAUUGCCGGAUGCUCUGAUGCUGACUGGCCGAUCCACAGGCAGAGAUCACACCACGUUGAGCUUGGCGGCAAAGGGCUGCAGGACUUUGCCGAGGGUAUGUCGGAAGCGGAGAUGGAUGCACUGGUGGAGUCAUGGCGUUGA